CAGUUGGUGAGAGUUGUAAACGUUUCCCUGUAUUUGCUUUAUCUUACUGGAGACGAAAAUGUCAUGACAGGUUGAUUAUAUCACAGACGCGAGAUCGAUCAAUACGAUUAACGAUCAUAGUUCUUCGUCUUUGCUGAAAAAAACUUAAGGAUCAUUUACGUUUAGGCUAUAAUUCAAGUUUACAUUUUUAUUUCUGAUUAAGGCAUUAGUAUGCCUGGAUUAGAUUAUAAAUUUCUGGAGCGUCCAAUGAGGAGGUCUCUUUGCCUUCUGUGUAACAAGCCGAUGAGGGAGCCAGUGCAGGUGUCCACCUGUGGUCAUAGAUUCUGUGACACCUGUCUGCAGGAGUAUCUCAGUGAAGGAGUGUUCAAGUGCCCAGAGGACCAGCUGCCACUGGAUUAUGCCAAAAUUUUUCCAGAUGUGGAGCUGGAACAGCAGAUUCUUGCAAUGCCCAUCCGCUGCAUACACAGUGAAGAGGGCUGCCGGUGGACUGCACAGAACAAGCUGCUCCAGGCCCAUUUGUCAGUGUGUGAGUUUAACGUGGUGUCGUGUCCGAAUCGCUGCUCUGUGAAGUUGUUGAGGCGAGAACUGCCUGAGCACUUGCAGCAUGAUUGUGUCAAGAGAAAGCUUGACUGUGACCACUGUGGCAAAGAGUUCACCGGCGAGGCAUAUGAGAGUCACCAGGGAGAUUGCCCAGAGGAAAGUGUGUAUUGUGAGAAUAAAUGUGGUGAUCGUAUGGUGCGCAGACUGUUGACCCAGCACUCUGUGUCUGAAUGCCCCAAGCGCAAACUGCCCUGCAGAUACUGCAGGAAAGAGUUCCUCUAUGACACUAUUCAGCAUCAUCAGCAACAGUGUCCACGCUUUCCUGUGCAGUGUCCUAACAGGUGCGGCACACCUGGAAUCACCCGAGAUAAUUUAAUGGCUCAUACAAAAGAAGGCUGUAGCGCUGCUAUGGUGCUUUGCCCAUUUAAAGAGUCUGGCUGCAAACAUAGGUGCCCUAAGACUGCAGUGGGACGGCACCUUGAGGAGGCCACCCAUUCACACCUCUCUCUGCUGUGUGGUCUGGUGAACCGCCAGAGACUGGAGCUCAGGGAACUCCGGCGUGGGGUGGAAGAACUCUCUGGAAGCCGAGAUGGCACACUGCUCUGGAAGCUCAUCGACUACAGCAAACGACUGCAGGAGGCCAAGAGCAGGACAGAUGGGAGUUUGGAACUAUUUAGUCCUGCCUUCUAUUCCCAUAACUAUGGUUACCGUCUGCAAGUGUCUGUUUUCCUCAAUGGAAAUGGCAGUGGCGAGGGCUCAUACCUGUCCGUCUACAUUCGUGUUUUACCAGGAGAGUAUGAUGGGCUGCUGGAGUGGCCUUUUCCUUACCAUGUUACAUUCUCGCUUCUGGAUCAGAGUGACCCAGCAUUCACCAAACCACUGCAUGUCACAGAGAGCUUCAGCCCAGAUCCCACCUGGAAAAACUUCCAGAGGCCACGGCCUGGAGCUCUGGGAAGUGUUCGUAGAGGCUGUCUGGAUGAGAGCAUGUUGGGGUUUGGCUACCCAAAGUUCAUUGCCCAUGAGGAGAUGAAGAAGAGGAACUAUAUCAGAGACAAUGCUAUCUUCAUUAAAGCCUCCAUAGAUGUGGUCCAAAAGAUAAUUGACUGAACUAAGGUGCAAGCAGUUCUAGGACCAUAUUCACAGUAGCACCAUCUUUAACUUUUUACAGGAAUGACAACAAGGCUGUAAGGGAUGCACUUACAUUCUCUUCAAGGAAUUGCACUGUUGUUUAAAUUAUUUUGGAUCGUUGGUGACAAAACGUUUAAAAUAUCAGAAGAAAAAGCUCCAGAAGCUUUAUACAGCUUUAUACAGUGCAUUCCAUUGAAGAAACUGUAAGUCUAUUCCUCACAGCCUCAUUUUCAUUAACGUAAAUAUUGAAAUAUGGCACUACUGUGAAUAAGGUUUAUAUAGGCCUAGAUGUUAAAAAAUGUGAAUAUAUAUCUCUAAAUGCCCUUUUUUGUUUUACUCAAAAUGAGGAUGAAAAUCAAUGCAUCAUCUUAUUAUGUUUAAAUAUAAUCAGGGCUUUACCACAGAUGAGGGAUAUUUAGGUACUGAAGAAUAGAAUG